AUGCUUGCUCAAGUAGUCACUCAGUUGGAGCGCAAGUCCUCUGCUUACGUGACUCAUAUCGAGAAGACCAUCGAGGCCUACAAGGAGUAUGAAGUGGAGGUGGUGCGUCGGCGUAAAGCCCACGAUGAGCUCAUCAAUUUGGCGCAUAUAGCUGAGACAAAGUUUGCCUUUGCAACGAGAAAAGGAGUGAUGGCCAGGCACGAGUUCGCUACCACCAUUGGAAGGCACCUCCCUUCCGGACUAGGAGAUCAGCUCAUUGGUCGGCCGGCUCCCCGAGUGAGCAUCGACUUUGUUGCUGAUGCUGACGGGGUUAGCUUCUUACCGCUAUUGACCGAAGCUGACAUACUCAAUUCCGGUGGCACUGAUGUGAAUAUGGAGGACGGGCGAAGUGUGGCUAGUCGCGAGGACGGCAACGUCAGUGGUAGCAGCCUUGUCAAGAGUGAAGUACACAGCAAGAGCUCUGGGUCAGGCCGGGAUGGUUAA